AUGGCCAAAGGGAGACGCUUCAACCCACCUUCAGACAAGGAGGGACUAUGGUUUCCUCACAUUGGACUCAUGCAAAAGACACCAGAAUCCAUCACAAGCACGAUGUUAAAGGAGUCCCAUAGUCCACGUUUACGGCAGCGAGUGGAGGAGAAGCUGCCGCCCAUCUACAAACUCCGGGAGAAACAAGCUGUGAAUAACAACUUUCCUUUCUCUGUACAUGACAAUCGGUGCAGCUUUCAGGACUCUGGGUUCUACCUUGACUCUGGCCUGGGACUCAAGAAGAUCUCCCCAGAAAAAAGGCAACAAGUUUCAAGAAAUUUCAAUCUUUGGGCCUGUGACUAUAUUCCAUCUUGUCUCGAUGGCUUUUCAAAUAACCAAAUAUCCUAUGUCUAUCGGGAGACCGUGGUGGUUCCAAUUUUCAGACGCUUUCCAAGAUGUUACAAUGAAAUAUGGAAGACUUUUAAAUUUAUCCCCCAGUGA